CCCCACACUUUAAAAAAACCCAUUUGAACAACUAAAAAUCAAAUUCCCAACCUUAUCACUUUCAGCUCUAGCCGUCAGCGUUGCAGGUAAAAAAAACCAACAGAGAGAGAGAGAGAGAUAGCAACAAUGGCUGGUGCUGUAGCCGGAGUAGGAGUGGGAUUUGGGCUUUCAUGCUCGACAACUAAGCUUUCUCAUAGACACUCUUCUUCUUCUUCUUCAAAAACGACUCGUCAUUGUUGCGUCAAAAUGGCUGUCUCGCUCGAUGAGAAGAAGAAGAAUUACAGUCUUCAAAAGUCCGAAGAAGCUUUCGCUGCCGCCAAGGAAUUGAUGCCUGGAGGUGUGAACUCCCCCGUACGUGCCUUUAAAUCUGUUGGUGGACAACCAAUUUUGAUGGAUUCUGUCAAGGGCUCUCGUAUGUGGGACAUAGAUGGCAAUGAGUACAUCGAUUAUGUAGGUUCUUGGGGACCAGCAAUAAUUGGUCAUGCAGAUGAUGAGGUACUUGCAGCCCUAGCUGAAACGAUGAAGAAAGGAACUAGCUUUGGUGCUCCUUGUCUGCUAGAAAAUACUUUGGCUGAGAUGGUCAUCUCGGCUGUUCCAAGCAUAGAAAUGGUCCGGUUUGUUAAUUCAGGCACAGAAGCAUGCAUGGGUGUGCUCCGCCUGGCCCGUGCUUACACUGGCAAGGAGAGGAUUAUCAAGUUUGAGGGCUGUUACCAUGGCCAUGCUGAUCCAUUCCUUGUCAAGGCAGGAAGUGGGGUUGCCACCUUAGGGCUCCCUGACUCCCCUGGUGUCCCCAAAGGAGCCACUUAUGAAACUCUAACGGCCCCUUUCAAUGACAUCUCAGCUGUGGAAAAUCUCUUUGAGACCAACAAAGGAGAGAUUGCUGCAAUGAUCCUUGAACCUGUUGUUGGGAACUCUGGUUUCAUUGCUCCUAAACCUGAGUUCCUUAAUGCCAUACGCAAAAUCACUGAAGAAAAUGGUGCUCUUUUAAUAUUUGAUGAAGUUAUGACUGGAUUUCGUUUGUCUUAUGGUGGAGCUCAGGAAUACUUUGGCAUAACUCCUGAUUUGACAACACUUGGGAAGAUCAUUGGUGGUGGUCUGCCAGUUGGUGCAUAUGGAGGAAGGAGGGAGAUAAUGGAAAUGGUGGCACCAGCAGGACCAAUGUACCAGGCUGGGACCUUGAGUGGAAACCCAUUGGCAAUGACAGCAGGCAUACACACUCUUAAGCGAUUGCAGGAGCCAGGAAGUUAUACAUAUUUGGAUAAGAUCACAGGUGAACUUGUUCAAGGUAUAGUUGAAGCUGGGAAAAAGGCAGGGCAUGCGAUGUGUGGUGGGUAUAUACGCGGGAUGUUUGGGUUUUUCUUCACAGAAGGGCCUGUUUACAACUUUGGGGAUGCAAAGAAAAGUGAUACUGCUAAGUUUGCAAGAUUCUAUAGGGGUAUGCUGGAGGAAGGAGUAUAUUUUGCUCCUUCACAGUUCGAGGCUGGAUUUACAAGCUUGGCACAUACUCCUGAAGAUAUCCAGAAAACAAUAGCAGCUGCUGAGAAGGUUUUACAGCAGAUUUAGUGUGGCAAUUCCUGUAUCUAUAGUCUAUGAUUUACCUUCCCAUUUUUUCCCCGCUAGCAUAAUACUGUUUGCAGGAGGACUGAGAGUGUUGUAGUUAAUUUUCUUUGAUGAGAACAUGCAUUUCUACUUAUUAAUGUAAUCUAAUAUGUAUAAAAAUCAAAGUAGUUUUUGAGUU